AUGAUGAGUUCGGCACCGGAACAGGGGUUCCACUGUAUUGGAUGGCGGACUGUCAUAAAAUUUACCAUCCAUCCAUCCGAAGUGAAUGUUGAAUUUCUGCCACUCGACUGUUACGGUUGUCUAGCAGACUUUCAUAUGACUGCGCGGUCGUUGAUGUCAGCUCAGUUGGCUGACUAUGAGUCUUUCGGCCUUCAGUGCUAUAACAACAAUCUACUUCAUAUAAUUCGCCUCUCUGAAACCGAGCACGAACGAGGUUUAUCGGCCGUACGUCAGCUGAAUGAGAUCGUCGGAGUGUCAAUUUUGCGUCAUUUUUUGCCGAAAUUGAUGAACACCGUGACAGCAGCCGUCAAGAGGACAGCGGAUCCCUUCAUGAAGAUUGCCUCGAAUACACACACCAAACCGCGCUCCGCAGCAAUGACCAGGUCGAACUACGCCGCUGAUCGGGUCCCGCCGUUGCGCCCUCCUGCCGCAAAUACCACUUCCCCGCCCCCCACAUACGCAGGAAUGAAUUCACCACCAGUCAACCUCCAAUGUCGGACGGUUUCUCGCCCGACUGGUCUCCGGCAGGUUCUCAGUCCAGUUCCGGGUCUUCCUCCAAAAAUGCCAAUUUUUGGUGCCUCGCCGCCGCGUGCAAGAAAGUCCUUUGUUGCGCAUCCAGCCGAUGUUGACACCCAACAGUUGGUUAGUGAACGAACAGUGGAUCCAUUCGCCCUUGAUGGUCAUGACGCCCUUCAGUCCGCUGAUGUCAGCCUCAAGACAAGGGACGGUUCAGAUAGCGCGGCUACGUCCAUUGUCGCUGCACUGAAUUUGCCCCAACUUUCCGAGAACCACUUAUCGGGCUCCAAACGUAGUAUGCCUUCCACAGUUGCCGACGACGGUGAAAAAUCCCCUCUAAAGGGACAGAAGAAACGUUUUGUUCUCCGACAAAGUACUAUCGAGCGGUUUGCCCGAUGCGGAAUUGAUUUUGAUUCACUGGCGCCCCAUUGA